CCUACUGUCAAUACCUAGAAAAUUCUUUUCGGUAACGAAAUGUAAAUAAACACACGAGAUUGGAUGGAAAUACGUUGUUCUUUUUGCAAGAGAUUCAUGGCAAUAUAAAAAUUUUCGAUUCAAUUAUGACAUCAGCGUUUAGUUCCAACGAUGCGGCAGUCAUUGAGCAGAGCGUCAACUUGGAGUCGGAUUGGCCGCAUGUCGAUGAAAUAAGCCUUUCGUUGUUCUGGGAUGACAAACAAAAGAGGCGAUGCGUAGAAUGGGUCAAAGAUAACGACCUACAGAAGGUAUGUCUCCAGUUCCCGGACAUACUUCUGCCUUUUAGCACCACGGUGUUUGAACAGCUGGCGAAUGAAAUCCCUUCUGUGGGCAUAUUUAUCCUCGGAGAUACUUCGUACGGUAGCUGUUGUGUGGAUGAAGUAGCGGCUUCCCACAUUGAGGCCGAUGGAGUUAUCCACUUCGGUCAUGCCUGUCUGAGCCGAUCGGUACGCCUUCCAAUCUUAUACGUUUUUCUUCAAGCGCAUUUGAACGUCAAUCAGCUGGUGAAUGAAAUCCAGAGUAAAAUUCUAGAACCUGAGCAAAAACUUGCACUCUUUUACGACGUAAGCUUUGCGCACUGCGUAGAUGAGAUUGAAUGCCGGUUGAAGGGCACCUUUACGAACGUGAAUAUUGGCCGGUUGGCUGGAUUUGGAAAACGGACCAGUAUCCUCUGCUGGGAGCUGAUGGAUGUGGACAAAUUUGACGAUACUUUCUGCAUUUACGUUGGAUGGGACAACCAGAGUUUCUUCAACACGUCGAACAGCAUGACUGCAAAACAGUGGUAUCGGUUCGACUCGGAUUCAAAUGAGUUGGAGAUCGCAACACCGCUAGAUUCGAAAUGGCUCCGUCGUCGAUUUUACUACAUAGAAAAAUGCAAGGAUGCCUCUUCGCUGGGAAUAGUCGUGGCGACACUCACCGCUGACGGCUACCUCGACGUCGUGAACCGUAUUCAACAGCUGGCUAAAGCUCGCGGCGUUCGCACCUACAUCAUCUCGGUUGGGAAGAUCAAUCCUGCCAAGUUGGCUAAUUUCAUGGAUGUCGAUUGUUUUGUUCUUGUAGGAUGUCCAGAAAAUAACAUUUUCAAUUCCAGAGAUUUCUUCAAACCAUUGGUUACGGUUUUCGAGUGUGAACUAGCACUCAAUCCCGCCUGGAAUGGGCAGUACCCUUCGGAGUAUAGCGUCAACUUCAGCGAAAUUUUGCCUUCCGGGCGUCUACAUAGGGUAUGCGAUGAUGAGCCUGGUGAUCUCGAUUCACAUGACGUGAGUCUAGUGACUGGGAAAGUCAGAAGCGUCACGCGCAAAGAAGCUGAAGAAAUUAAUGGAGAAAAUGGUUGCAAAGAUGUACAAGUGCGCAGCAAAAAUGAAGUUGUUCAGGUUAGCUCCGGAGAUGUAUUCCAAAACAGAACAUGGCAAGGUUUGGAACAGAAUUUGGGUCGCGAUUCCCCAGCUAUUAUUGAACAGGGACGGAGUGGCAUUCCGAUUAAAUAUGUGAAUGAUCCAAGUGAGCGUUAGAAUUGACGGUUAGGCAAAUAAAGUUGAUCGAAAUAUAUAAAUACAUUUAAUUCAGUUUAAAAUGAAACUAUUAUUCAAAGGAUCGUUAUUCCGAAGUUAGUGUAUUCUGAGACAAACUACAAGUUCCAAAGUAUUCGCACGUAUUGCAUGUAACUAUUAUCCAUACUUAAGGUUGAUUUAGACGAUGCCAGUCAGCGCUCUAGUUGAAGUAUCCAGUGAAUAGAGAAC